AUGCUUCAUUUAUUGGCUUGUGAAAUUCAGUAUGGUGGGGGGCCAACUCUUUCUCACAAUGACUGCUGUUGGGAUUGUCUGAUCGAAGGGGCACAUAAUGUGGUGUCAGCUGACUCCUAUCAGGAUCAAAGAGAAUCAUUGAAGCAAUUUGCAUGGGCUUUUGUCAAUGGAAAUCAUGAAGAUGGAAUGUACUAUGUGUCUAGACCAUGCAUGGCCUUUUGCAUUUGCAAGCCUGCUUGUUUAUUUGAAGCAUCCCGUUUUGAAGUGGCUAGCAAAAUUAAUGUUGCUUUUGAUGUAUAUGAUGUGAAGACUUGUGAAAUCUGUCAUUCUGUUGCUCGGAAUGUUUAUGGAGGAAACGAGGAUUUGACAGAGCAUGUUAGCGACGGUAACAAUGGUACUACAGCAGCAGCCACAGUCUCCACAGCUGCUCCUUUUACAGAACCUAGAAAAUUUUGGCAAAACAGUUUACUGAACUGUAUUGCAGUUAACUGA